AAUUGAGAUCUUCUGUUAGCAAAGAGGAUCCUAGCUGACUAAACAAGCAGUUAAAUUAAGAGCAGCACAUUUGUGAUUGCAGAUUCAAGUUUCUUAUAAAACAAAACAUUCGAGCAACUGAUUAAAAAGCACGGAAUAUGUUGCUAUAAAAAAAAAGGGAGAAGGAAAAAACACCCGUCAUCAUAUUAUGUGCUCCUUUUGUAGCUUUUUGAGACAGGUCUUAAAACUAAGGCAUAACAGUAACAGAUGAACAAAUGGUAACGUUCCACCUUAUUGUUAUUGGAGAUUCGGAGCCCUGUGGUUUAGUUAAAAUAACAGAAGUAAAACACUUCUCAUUUGGAUUUAAAAAAAAAGGUGGGAUACCGGAAGGAUAUCCCUCAACUUCCAUCAAUCUGCAAUUAUUGGCAAACACGUAAUGCAAAUACUGAUAGAGAAGAUCUGGAAAUGACAAGACGAAUCCAAAUUCUAGAGCUAAUAUUGUCAUAGCAAAGCUUAAGACCUUAAAGUUGUUUAAGUUCAUUUUCUUAGCAGGUAGUAUGCAUAUAUGUACUUAAAGUGGGUACGCCACUUGUGACUUUGGUGCAUAAGUUCUAAGGUUCACCAGUGAGACGCAGAAAGCCGUGCAGUGAGAGGGGUGUGGUUGGCUUUUUUCCCUUACUCCUACUUGUAAGUAUAUCCCGUAAGAGGUCUAUAGUGUCUUCUAGGUAUUUCAGUAUUACUAGUUCCUAGGCACGUGCGUUGCACGCGUAUAUAUUUUACACUUUUACCCAUAAUAAUGAUAGCAUUUUCAAAAAUCUUGGGAAUUGAUUUGGGGAAUGAGUAGUUAAUGAUAAUGGUAAAAAAAAAAAAGAGUAUUUUUCUCUUGGUCAAGUAAAAGUGAAAAUAUAUUUUUAGUAUAGUGGACAAGUAAAAGUAAACAGAGGGAGUAUUAUACGCGUGGGAAGUUAAAGAGCUUAACUUUGUAAAGUGAAGAAAUUUAGAUACAUGAACCUUAAUAAAUUUUUUGACAAAGCAAAUUUAAUGUUACUAAACUAACUUUUAUAGAUUAUAUAGUUUUUUAUUAAUAUUGAAGGUAUUAUUAAAUAUUAAUAUAUAAAUCUUAAGGACAUAAAAGUCCAACAAUAUUCUAGGAUUAUUUUAGUCUUUCACAUUCAACUUUUGAUCUUCAUGCUUAAAUAUAGUAUGAUGUGUGUGUAUUUUAAAUGCUUCAAUAGUCAAAACUUGGACAGCAAGUCUAUGGAGUCUGAGGAAGCAAGUUUGACAAACAAUUGCUUCCCUGCUUUCAUCCUUGCUUGAUGCCCAAGUAAUUGUUCUUAUAAAAUGCAUGUUAACUCUCAAGUUGGAGAAAACACAAUAUUUCAGAAACAUAUUUAAUCUCUCUCUCUCUCUCUCAUUCAUUUCUGCAUCUUUGCUCAGCUUCUAAGUUGGAAAACCUCAAUUUCCCUGCGUAUACUGUUGUCCAUAUUAUCAUCCCUCUCGUUGUCAGUUCAUAUCCAGGCCAAAAGAACCUACUCUCUUUGUUUGGUAUUUGAGGGGUCGGCAUCAUGUCAAAUAAUGUGAGAGCGCUUGAGUUGCAGAACUCGAAGCCGCCAACUGAUUUAUUAGUGAACGGAAAAAAGGAAUCUGUCCAAAUUGUUUCACAUGAAAGACCAGAGGCCGGAGAAGAUGCUCAACAUUUUGACCCACCAACUAAUCCAACUGAAAAAAGAUUUGUGGCAAAAAGGCCUCUGCAGAUGCCUCAACCACCAUCGAGUCGACCUUUACUAAACAGACCCCUCAAUGAAAAUCAAGGUACUACGGGGAACAUCAGAAAGAAGGUCAAAAUGGACUUACCAGAUUUUGAUGGAAAGCUCAAUCCAACUAUAUUUGCUGAUUGGCUAUCAGCUAUGGAGGAAUAUUUUGACUGGUAUGACUUGUCUGAUGAGCGGAAGGUUAGAUUUGCUAAAAUGAAGCUAACUACUCUUGCAAAAGAGGUGGUGAAGUCCACAACAGGUCUGUAAUGGCGUAUUAUUUGUCCAUGAAACAUUGACUUUCCAAGCUAAAUUCAAUAAGAAGAUCGUGGUGGCACAAAGGAUGAAAAGACGGAACAUAAAGAGUGAUCAGGUAUAUUCAUUCUCUUAGCAAAAGAAAUGGUAAAUCGAAAGAAAAUCCAUGGUCCCACUCCAUAUAUCCCUUGUUUAGAAUCUUUCACUUAUGAUCCAAAAUACAAGGUUUAACUUUCCUUAAACGGACAGUUUCAUGAGACAAAAACUCCAGUCAAUAUAACAAUCAACUCCGACUAUUUCAAAAAAUCACAAAGUAAUUCAUACCACUAACUUUCCCCCUUGGUCCAAGAUAGAAUAAAAGCAAGAAAAUAUAAGGACAAGAAACUGCUUAUUGUCAAUAGAACAAAAUAUGUUCACUCUGAAAUGGAAGCACUAAAUUUCAAAUUGCUAACUCAAACAACAAAAUAUCCAACAAGCAAACAAAUUAUGCACCCAAAGAAAAGGAGCUGGAUUUAAUUUUUUAAAAAGUACUAUUUAUUCUUCAAUUGAAUCAAGCUGCUUUGAAUUCACAUAAUGAGUAAAGUUAAAGAAAAUU